CGAAGAUGGAGUUAGUAUGAACGAAGAACGAUUUCUCUGCUCUUGGCGGCUGCACUGGUGGCGCAAUAUGGUAGGAAACCAAUCUGGAUCCUUCUUGGUCUCUAUGGUCAUCACACGAAAACUCCGAUAGUGAGUCUACCUGGAAGUGAGAGUGACCCUAAUCUUAGCUUACUCAUCAUAGUACUCUGAAGUCUCCUACAGGUGUCGUGCGUUCUUGCUUUUUUUACAACAAAAUCAAUGUCGCCGACGAGGCCUAAACGCAACACACGGGCGCACGGCGUAUGAUUUUUCCUCCAAUCACACGGUCGCGGAGCAAAUGGAUUACGAAAAAGCGUUGUUGACGCCGCGGCUUCACUACGGAGGAUGGCUCCUGGGCGUGCUCAUAGUGGGUGCAGGGGUGAUAGUGCCCUUCCUGUACAUGGUAUGGAGAGAAAAAAGUUUGUCACAGUCACUACCUUGGAAGUUUUGCAUUACAAAUUUUUUUAGCAUCACAGCUUUUCCUUGCAUUGCAGAAACACAAGGGAAAUCCCUUAUGAAGUUUGGCUGUGAUGCAUUUUUGCGCAUGACAGGCAUUUUUUGUAUUGCAAAAAUGCCCAUGAGUGAUCGCGACAAACUUUUUUCUUUCGAUACAUGGCAUUUCGAGACAAGCACUCCAUCCCACUCUUCGACCUGUUGAAAAGAAGGACGUGAAAAAAAUCGAAAUGUAGGAACCGUGCUACUUGCAAGAGAGUGUGUGUCUACUUGAAGCAAUAGCCAGUAUUGGGACAUUUUUUGAGUGGAAAAAAUCUACCGCGAUGUAGUACCUUGUUCGCUGUACCGGACGUCAAUUACUCGGCAGGAGUACAUACAUCAGAAAUGUAUCGUGCAAUAUCGGUCCAUAGUUCUCGGUCCGUGACCGAAGCCAUUCGUGGUGCGCAUCCCUCACAGUCACCAGCCAGCUAAGUCGGUCAAGGACACAUAAUAACUGCAUCAUCGGUGAAAAAGUGUUAUAGACAAAUGUGAAUGUCACAUAUGACAGCAUCGGCACUUAGGCAGGUGAAUAAAAC